AUGGCGAAAGGGAUACAUGACGAUAUCCCACUUGACUACAUAGAGCUUCAGAUUUUCCCAAGUCAGAACAGGUAUGACUCAUACAUUGGGAAGGGAAGCAGUUCAGAAAUGGUAAAAUCAGAAACACUUGAGCCAUUAUUGUUGCAUUUGCCUGCCAUCAAAGAGUUGCAUGCGAAAGGAUAUGAUGCCAAAUAUAAACUUAUUGCACCUGCUGGCGCCAGUGGUGCUAGAUGGUUUACUAAAUCAACGCUACUGAGAUUUUUACAUGUCAUUGGUUCUCCAGAAGUUUUGAAGGGGACCGAUGCUAUAAGAAAUGAGAUAUCUCAGCUAGAGGAUGCCCGGAAAUUUCACAUCUCUUUAUAUGCAGGGAAUUCUUCCAGUGGUGAUGCACCAAACCUAAAAGCUGGAAUUGGUUCUUCCUCAGAUGAUUCCAAGAAUGAAUUACUUCGAGCAAUUGAUUUGAGGCUUACGGCUUUGAGAGGGGACUUAGCUGCCGCAUUUGCUGAAGUGGCUGGGGCUAGAUUCUCCAAUAAGGAGAUGGACUACUUGGAAAAGUUUUCCCAUCAUUUUGGAGCUGCAGAGUUAAGGGACUCAUUGUGCAAACUUGUAGAGCUGAACCAAGAGAAAUGCCCAGCUGAGUUUCAGAGCCCAAAUCCUGGCAACGUUUCUUCAGGGAAAAGCAAAAUCAGUAGUAACCAAGAGACUAAUCAGAACAUGAAACCUCUACUGACAGAGAUUCCAGUUAAAUAUAGUGCCUCACCUGCGAAAGCCGCACAGGUUGAGAGAGAGAGCUCAUCCGAUUGCGGGGAGUCGUCAUGUUCAAGUGAGGGGGAGCAACCGUCUGUUGAAAGAAGCAGGACUAUGAUAAGAUGUGCUUCACCCAGAAGAUCAGCCUCUCCAAUGAGGAGGGUUCAAAUUGGAAGGUCUGGAUCCCGGAGAUCCACUGCUUUAACAAUCAAAAGUCUCACUCAUUUUCCUAGAGAGAGGUUAUUCUCUACAAGAGAUGCAGGUGCACAUGAUAGUGAUGAAGAAUCAUCUGAGCAUCUGCCAACAAGUGCUGAAGUAAAUGUGACGAGAAUGAGUGUGCAAGAUGCAAUUAGUCUUUUUGAAAGAAAACAGAAGGAUCAAACUGGGGAGAGUCAGAUAAAAUCGUCAACAUGUGCUGCAGUUGGUACAAAUAAAGCAGUGCUGAGAAGAUGGAGUUCCAGUGCCGGUGAAAAAUUUUCUCAGGAUCCUGUAAGUGUUGAGGAAGACCAUUCUGUUUCCUUGCCUUCAAAUAAAUUGGAGAGUGCUGACCUAAAAACUGGGUCGUCAGAAGCCAAAACAGAUUCUGAUCUAUCCUCAUCUGAAGAUGAUCAAGCUCUGCCUACUGAAGUUGCACAAAGGUCAGGCUCCUCUGAACAAAAGUCACUCUCUCCACAUUCCUUUCAGGAGGAGAAUGCUGUUCCUAUUCAAACAGAAACUAGUAGAGAAUUGAUUGACUCAGCCGAAUGGAGUCGACAAAAGGAAGCAGAACUCAAUCAGUUGUUCAUGAAAAUGAUGGAAACAAAGCCUGUUAAAUACCAAACUAAGGUGUCUGACAAUAGGAAAAGGCAGAGCUUGCCUGGUGAACAGAAGGGUGGUUUUUAUGAUCAGUACAAAGAAAAGCGUAAUGAGAAACUCCGGAAAGAAACUAAUGGAAAGCGAGAAGAGAAGGAGAAACAAUUUAGAGCUAUGCAGCAAGCUAUUGAUCAAAGAAAAUCUGAAAUGGCCUCUGCAAAUGGGAGUGAAGCUGGUAGGAAGCUUAACGUGAAGGGCCAGAAACCGCAAAAGACUUCAUUACAGCCUGCAAAUCAGAAGAAGGAUAUCUCAAAGCCAUCUGUUGUUAAGAAAGCGUCAACUCCUUUGCCUGUCACACGGAAGUCAUGGCCAUCUACACCCUCGCCAAGACCUGCAGGUACAUCACCUGCAAAAACCCCCCCAGGAGUGUCUUCUGCUGGUGCUCGGCCUACGCAGAGAAAACCGCUGCCAGCAUCUUCAGUUCCUCGAUCAAGUCCCAAACUUGAAAGACCAGAGCCAAAACCAAAGCCUACCAAGUCAACCCAGAUUAACAUUAAAAAGGGUGUUAAAGAUGUGAAUGAAAAGAAGCAGCAAUUAUCAAAGAAACCUACCAAACCCACGAAACCAAAGGGUCAAUCUGUUAAUGUGGAUUCAGCCACCUUACCAAAGCCUAGAGCAACCAAGAAAAGCAGUGUUGUCCCUGUUGAAUCUAAGCCUUUCCUUCGCAAGGGCUCUCGCAUAGGCUCUGGUGUUGGCCCAGCUUCAAGGACCAAAGCAUCUUUGCCGCCUGAGGAAGCCAAGACAGACAGAGGAGAUCUAAAGAAAGCCGAGGAGAAUGAAAUAGUUUCUAGCACUUCUGAUCAUGUUAAUGAACUUGAAAUGAAUCUUGAACCAUUAAGUAAUCAACCGGAUGAUGAAUCAAAUUCUCAGACAAGCCAGCACCAAGCAGAACAUGUAGAAGUAAUUGAUAAGGUCACUAAUAUGGCCUCUUUCCCAUCUGAGCCUGCUCUAAGUGUGGAGGAUGCAGAAGAAUCAAUGAUAUCCCCAACAGCGUGGGUGGAAACUGAAGAGCAGGAGGAACUACCAGCUCCAUGCAGCGAUAAUGUUUAUGAGAAUGAAUCACCACGUGCUGCUGCUCCUCCAGUUGGAAUGCCCAGUCCACGUGUACGCCACUCACUCUCUCAGAUGCUAUUGGAGGAGAGUAGUGAACCUGAAGUGAUUGAAUGGGGAAAUGCAGAGAAUCCUCCGGCUUUGGUUUACCAAAAAGAUGAGCCCAAAGGAUUGAAAAGGCUUCUGAAAUUUGCUCGAAAGAGUAAGACUGAUGCAAAUUCAUCGGGUUGGUCCAGUCCAUCUGUCUUUUCUGAAGGAGAAGAUGAUGCUGAUGAAUCAAAAGUCAUGAGCAGGAGGAGCUCAGAAAAUCUGUUGAAAAAGGCAACCCUCCAUUCAGCUGCUCAUGGAACUUUUGCUCAAGCCAACCUAGGGAAAGCCACUGCUCACCGUCUAUCUGAGAAGUUGCAGGAAGGACAAUCACUAAACACUACCAAAGUUUGUGGCCUGGUUCUGUUGAAUUUGGUUCCGAGGGGAUUUUUUUACCUUCCUUCUGGACAUGAUCUUGAGCUUCUGAUUGCAUCGAACAACGCCCGAGCUCUCCUUACUGCUUAUUCAGGGCAGUGUAGGCUCAUAGAUGAAAUGGGUUUUCCAUCAGGUGCAGAAAUAUAG